CUCACUGACCAAAGAGUAAGAGCCUGAGGGCAGAGUACCUGGAAUGGGCUGUGUUUUCUGCAAGAAGUUGGAGCCAGGGCCCAAGGAGGAUGGUGGACUAGAAGGGGACUUCAGGAGCUAUGGGGCUUCAGACCGCUAUGGCCCUGACCCUACGCAGGCCCAGUCUGUGCCCUCCUUUGCUCAUAUCCCCAACUACAACAACUUCUCCCCUCAGCCCACCGGCCCUGCCUUCCUCGAUGGGGGCACCAUCAGGGGCAUCUCAGGGACUGGGGUGACCCUGUUCAUCGCUUUGUAUGACUAUGAGGCCCGAACAGAAGAUGACCUCACCUUCACCAAGGGUGAGAAGUUCCACAUACUGAACAACACUGAAGGUGACUGGUGGGAGGCUCGGUCCCUGAGCUCCGGACAAACGGGCUACAUUCCCAGCAACUACGUAGCCCCUGUGGAUUCCAUCCAGGCUGAAGAGUGGUACUUUGGAAAGAUUGGGAGAAAGGAUGCAGAGAGGCAGCUGCUCUCCCCAGGCAAUCCCCAGGGAGCCUUUCUCAUUCGGGAGAGCGAGACCACCAAAGGCGCAUACUCCCUGUCCAUUCGGGAUUGGAACCAGUCCAGAGGAGAUCACGUGAAGCAUUACAAGAUCCGCAAGCUGGACACAGGUGGCUACUACAUCACCACACGGGCCCAGUUUGACUCCGUGCAGGAGCUGGUGCAGCACUACAUUGAGGUGAACGACGGGCUGUGCCACCUGCUCACUGCGGCCUGCACCACCAUGAAGCCGCAAACGCUGGGCCUGGCCAAGGACGCCUGGGAGAUCAGCCGCAGUUCCAUCGCGCUCGAGCGCCGGCUGGGCACCGGCUGCUUCGGGGAUGUGUGGCUGGGCACGUGGAACGGCAGCACAAAGGUGGCGGUGAAGACGCUGAAGCCGGGUACCAUGUCCCCGAAGGCCUUCCUGGAGGAAGCGCAGAUCAUGAAGCUGCUGCGACACGACAAGCUGGUGCAGCUGUACGCCGUGGUGUCGGAGGAGCCCAUCUACAUCGUGACCGAGUUCAUGAGCCACGGUAGCUUGUUGGAGUUCCUCAGGCGCCGGGAGGGCCAGGAUUUGACGUUGUCCCAAUUGGUGGACAUGGCAGCCCAGGUGGCUGGGGGAAUGGCCUACAUGGAGCGCAUGAACUACAUCCACCGCGACCUGCGGGCAGCCAAUAUCCUUGUGGGGGAGCAGCUGGUGUGCAAGAUCGCUGAUUUCGGCCUGGCUCGCCUCAUCGAGGAUGAUGAGUACAACCCUCAGCAAGGGGCCAAGUUCCCCAUCAAGUGGACAGCCCCAGAGGCUGCCCUUUAUGGCAGAUUCACUAUCAAGUCAGAUGUGUGGUCGUUUGGGAUCCUGCUCACUGAACUCAUGAGCAAGGGCCGAGUCCCUUACCCAGGCAUGAAUAGCCGGGAAGUGUUGGAACAGGUGGAACGUGGCUACCAUAUGCCGUGCCCCUCAGGCUGCCCAGCAUCCCUGUAUGAGGCCAUGUUGCAGACCUGGCGUCUGGACCCAGAGGAGAGACCUACCUUCGAGUACCUGCAAUCCUUCCUGGAAGAUUUCUUCACAUCCACAGAACCCCAGUAUCAGCCUGGAGAUCAGACAUAGCCUAUUUAGGCAUCAGCCACCUCUCUGCCCACCAGCCCUUUCUAAUCCCCAGGGCUCUGGUCCCACAGUCCCCAGGCUUAGGACCCUAUAGAGUCCUAGCAUGUCAGAGCAAGCAGGUUACUCUGAUAUCACCGAGGACAACUCACUUAUUUAAAGAUGGGCAAACUGAGGCUCAGAGAUCAUUCCUCACUCCCUCUAGCCUCAAGCACUAUUUCUCUCCUUCCAACUUAGGCCACUACCUGUGUCUAGUCUCCUUGUUCCCUCCUCCAAAAAAAGAAAUGCUCAUACCCUCUCUAGUUAUUUAUAAAACUGUAUAUCCUUUCCCUCACUUAUCUCUCAUCCCUGCUUUACUACCCCAUCAUCCCACCCUGGGUCCGGGACCCCAGAAUUCACCCCUUAUCUUAUGUCUGUAAGUUGCAAAGAUAAGGAAAGACUUUGUUGAAUGCUGUAGUCCAGAACUGGGGUCCAAGUCCAGGGACUGGGGGGGAGGGUUGCUGAGG